ACGAGCACUUUAGAACGACGCAACUUCGACUAACUAAAGUCAUCCGAAGUCAUUUUUCGUGCAAUUUGCUCUUUCUGAUGGUGUGGCACUUUCUAUUGCUAGCUGACGCAAGUGCCACAAAAGAAGAAGAAGAAAAAGCCGACGUCCAAAACUUUUUCUGUCUUUUUCAGCGCUUUGGAAGUCAGGUCAGUAACCUGUGAAAGAACCCAAAGGGGGGAAAGGAUUUGCAUACUGGGACUCAAAUAUUUUUGGGUCAUUUAUUAUUAUUUUUUUUUACACCACUGGACUGAGGCAAAUUGCAGUUUAAUUCUGAAGGGAGCUGCCAGUACACCUGCUUUCAGAGGAGACAAGGAAAUCAAGGGAGUUGAGAGGAAAGCCAGGAAGAGGACAUCUAUAGUUGUCACCGCUCUCCUACUCUGCAGAGAUGUAUGCGGAAAAAAUUGUAAAAGAGGGGAAGAUGGGGAACAGGGGGAUCUCUCUCACUUGUGUGUUAACCCCUUGCCGCCUGAUGGGCGUGUGUGUGAUGCUGAUGACCUUGGGAGCCAUGGGAUCAGCAAUCUGGGUCAUAGUCACGUACUGCUCUGUGGAGGAAGACACAGGAUACUAUGAUGUCCAAGUCAAUUCGGCUGACCAACAUCUGAGAGUGUUGGACUCGACUCAGAAGAGGUGGCGUCAGGUGUGUUCGUCCUCGGCCAAUGAGCUUCUGGCUCGUGUCAGCUGUGCCGAAGUGGGCUUUGUCAGCGUGGUCAAUUACUCCAUUACGUCUGUACAAGACGGCAGCGACGGCGGCUUCUUCUGUGUCCGACCCGAAGAGCUACGCUAUGGCAAGAAAAUUAAAGACUCUUUGUUCCCAUGUGACUGCGAGAGCAAGGAGGUUGUCACAUUGCUGUGCCAAGACUGCGGAAGGCGGAGUUUUGCAGCAGAUCGCAUAGUCGGCGGUGUGGAGGCGCGCCAGGGCAUGUGGCCGUGGCAGGUCAGCUUGCAGUAUGAUGGAGUUCAUCAGUGUGGAGGUUCAAUCAUCUCGGACCGCUGGAUUGUCACUGCAGCUCAUUGCUUCCCCAAGCGCAAUGGCUUUAUUAGUCAUUGGCGUGUAUUGAUGGGCUCCAUCUACAACAAAGCAGCCAAUGCCAACGUGGCGGAAGUGAAAACCAUCGUUUACCACGGCAACUACCUGCCCUUUGUGGUCAAUAACAUUGACGAUUACAGCAGCGACAUUGCUGUGCUUGCCCUCGCUAAGCCCAUCACCUUCAAUGAAUACAUCCAACCCAUUUGCCUGCCGGUGUACGGCCAAAGAAUGAGAGAUGGACAGAUGGGCACAGUCAUAGGCUGGGGGAGCUUAGGAGACUCUGGUCACCAAACGGAGGUUCUGCACGAGGUGACCGUGCCCGUCAUCAGUGACGCCAUGUGUAAUGCGCCUGAUUACUACUACAAUCAGAUCACAGGCAGUAUGUUCUGCGCUGGCUUUGAGAAGGGAGGUGCAGAUGCCUGCCAGGGAGAUAGCGGCGGGCCCUUUAUGGCCGAGGACCGCUUGUCCAAAAGCAGCCGCUACCGUUUGCUGGGGGUGGUGAGCUGGGGAAUCGGAUGUGCCACGGCCAAGAAGCCCGGCGUUUACACCACCGUGUCCCGAUUUCUGCCCUGGUUAUCUACCGCCAUGAGGAACUAUAACAACUCACCGGGGAUUCAUAAAAUGGCACGGACAUGACUUAGCACCUAUGUUGCUACGCUUAUGCUUACUGCUUCUCCCACUACAGAGUCAAUAGGAAUGUUUUGGAAGUUCUCAUCUUUUCAGUUCCUGUUGUUGUUGUUGUUUUUUUUGCUCCUUAUGUUCCUUAUUUCUGCGUUCUAAAUGUGUUUAGUACAACAGCCAAAAAGUCAAAGGCGGGCUGACAAAGUGGUGUCCUCUGCUGCCACAUUAGCACUUUUAUCAGACACUACAGUAGCUUAAUAAAAGAAUCCUGAAAAAAGACAAAUGCACCCUUUGUGAUAGACAAAGCCAGGCUCACGUUCACUCUAAAAAAUGAAGCGUCUACAAAUGCGCUUCUAUUCUCUGGUUCUAUAUCCUAUAGCACCAAAUGGGAACCAAAUGGGUUGCAUUUCUAAAAAACCCCAUGGUGCCAUGUCCGUACAUUCAUGCAUGAUAUAUAGGACUAGUAAUGAGAAACCCUGAAGAAGAAGGAAAAGAAUGGUGGUGUGCAAUGGUGCUAUGUAGAGCCAGGGGUGCUCUAUCCAACCAGGAGUGCAAUAUGAAACUCAGAAGCACCUUUAUUUUUUAGAGUGUUAUUGGACUUUUUUUUUUUUUUUUGCAGCACAGCAGCAGCAGCAAGUAAAGGUAAUUUUACCAAGUUGCUCCAAAGGCAAUGAUGUUCUUACCACCUCCUUCCUUAACUAUGUCUGAAGAUUGAGGUUAAACUGCUCAUAUUGAAACCCGUAUUGUGUGCGUUUGUAAAUAAUGCUUGAUGUUUUAUGUAGCAUGUUUUAGCCAUUGUUUUACCAAUAAAAUGACCAUUGAGUCAUGAAUUAUGUUCUCAAAUAUAUUUCGUCAAAGUAUGUGCUGUAAUUACUACCCAAGUAUUUUAGAGGUGAUAAGAAUUUUGGAGGUCAUUUAUCCACAUUUCCCCCCCACAUUCUUUUAUGAAUAUCCAGUGAUGUUGCUGUAA